AGAGCAGCAGAGUGUGGAAGACGAUCUUCACAUCACUCUCUCUCUCUCAAAGUCUAUGGAGAGUCGUUAAUGUCAGCAAACUCACAAUCCGCAUUUGCUCACAUGGAGCUGCUCCGUUCUUCACUCAUUCCUAAUUAUCGCGCUCCCAAACUCACUGCCAAGAGGUAUCUCCAUCACCGCGAAAACGAAUUGAAUUUCGGAAUUCCGAAUCAUUCAUCCUCCAAAAAUACCGGUGCAACUGCGAAGCGAUGCGCAAUCGUCAAUAGAGCAAGUGAGAGAGGCGAUGCGGACACCGCCGUGGUCGUCGAGAAGCCUCCGCCGAAGCCGCGCCUCUUCAAGGUCUUCCCCGGCCGUCCGACGCCGUUCGGAGCCACGCUGAGAGACGGUGGAGUCAAUUUCGCUGUUUAUUCGCACAAUGCCGCGUUGAUUUCUCUCUGCCUGAUCAGGCUUCGGGACUUACUAGAGAAAAGAGUGGCAGAGGAAAUUGCUCUGAAUCCGCUUAUUAACAAAACCGGAGAUGUUUGGCAUGUGUUUGUGAAAGGUGAUUUCGAAGAUAUGGCCUAUGGCUACAGAGUUAAAGGGAGUUUCUCCCCGGAGGAUGGUUUCUAUUUUGACUCUUCUAAAAUAUUGGUCGACCCAUAUGCAAAGGCUGUUAUGAGCAGAGGGGAAUACGGUGCCUUAGGACUUGAUGACGAUUGUUGGCCUCAGAUGGCAAGUCCGGUUCCUUCUAUUAAAGAUGAGUUUGACUGGGAAGGAGAUUUGCCUCUAAAGCACCCGCAAAAAGAUCUAAUUAUUUAUGAAAUGCAUGUUCGUGGAUUUACAAGGCAUGAGUCAAGUGAUGCCAAAUUUCCAGGGACUUACCGUGGCUUGGUGGAGAAACUUGAACACUUGAAGAAAAUUGGUGUCAACUGCAUUGAAUUGAUGCCAUGCCAUGAAUUCAAUGAAUUGGAGUAUUAUAGCUAUAACUCUGUCUUGGGUGACUACAAGAUGAACUUUUGGGGGUAUUCAACGAUCAAUUACUUUUCGCCAAUGGCUAGAUAUUCUUCAGCCGGUAUUGGUAAUUAUGGCCUUGGUGCAGUGAAUGAAUUUAAGUACCUUGUUAGAGAGGCACAUAAACAAGGGAUUGAGGUAAUUAUGGAUGUAGUCUUCAACCACACAGCUGAAGGGAAUGAAAAUGGCCUCACAUUGUCAUUCAAGGGAAUUGAAAGUAGUGUCUUCUAUAUGCUUGCACCCAAGGGUGAAUUCUAUAAUUAUUCUGGUUGUGGGAACACCUUCAACUGCAACCAUCCCGUUGUACGACAAUUUAUUCUGGAUUCCUUGAGAUACUGGGUGACAGAAAUGCAUGUCGAUGGCUUUCGGUUCGAUCUUGCUUCCAUCUUGACACGGAGUAGCUGCCUCUGGGAUGCUGUAAAUGUAUAUGGCAGUGCAGUUGAAGGUGAGACAAUGACUACCGGAACUCCUCUAUCUUGCCCCCCAUUAGUUGACAUGAUCAGCAAUGACCCUAUACUACGUGGAGUGAAGCUUAUAGCAGAAGCAUGGGACUGUGGAGGCCUUUAUCAAGUAGGAAACUUUCCCCAUUGGGGUAUUUGGUCAGAAUGGAAUGGCAAGUACCGUGAUGUUGUAAGGCAAUUUAUCAAGGGCACAGAUGGCUUUUCUGGGGCAUUGGCUGAGGGUCUCUGUGGAAGUCCUAACUUAUACCAGAAAGGUGGAAGAAAACCUUGGAGCAGUAUAAACUUUGUUUGCGCGCAUGAUGGUUUUACUUUGGCUGAUUUAGUGACUUAUAAUGACAAGCACAAUUCAUCUAAUGGCGAAGACAACAAAGAUGGGGAAAAUCACAAUAAUAGCUGGAAUUGUGGCCAGGAGGGAGAAUUUGUGAGAAUUUCCGUGAAGAAACUGAGAAGCCGCCAAAUGAGAAAUUUCUUUCUGUGCCUCAUGGUUUCCCAGGGUGUCCCAAUGAUCUAUAUGGGAGAUGAAUAUGGCCACACAAAAGGAGGAAACAACAACACAUAUUGCCACGACAAUUUCAUAAACUAUUUCCGGUGGGAUAAGAUGGAGGAGGCCUCAUCAGAUUUCUUUCGAUUCUGCUCCCUCGCAGUCAAUUUCCGCCGUGAAUGCGAGUCUCUCGGCUUAGACGAAUUCCCAACAGCAAAGCGCCUCCAGUGGCAUGGCCAUGCUCCCGGGGUUCCAGAUUGGUCCGACACAAGCAGAUUUGUGGCGUUCACACUGAUUGACACAGUGAAGAGGGAACUGUACAUAGCCUUCAAUGCAAGCCAUGUGGCUGUGGUCGUUGCGUUGCCAGAACGGCCCGGAUACAAAUGGGAGCCGUUGGUGGAUACAGGCAAGCCAGCUCCUUACGACUUCCUCGCCAAUGAUAUCCCUAACCGAGAAGCGGUAAUCCAACAGUAUGCUCACUUUCUUGACAACAACUUAUACCCCAUGAUUAGUUAUUCUUCUAUUGUUCUCACACUUAGCCUCGACCUCACUUCAUAGUUUACCUCUCAAAACUCUUAGCAUAAAAUUCUCUACUAUUAUGUGAAACUAAAGGUAGUCUAUCUAAAUAAAUGGUAGGCUUUUUUUGUCUCCGAUUCUUUGAUAAAUAGUCGAUUUUGAGAUUAACUUGAUUAGCUUGGUUUGAUGCAAUUAUAAGUCCUAAUUUUAGGACAUGGAUGAAA